UGUUACUGACAGUGAGUUCAAGAAAAUUUAUAUAUUGAAAAGUUUGGUCUAAAAGUCAGAUGAUUAGAAAAUGAGAUAAAAGCCUUAAUAAUAAGCCUCUUUAAAAACAUUUAACAUCAAAAUUUAGAAAGUAAUUCAAAAUGCAAACAGAAAAAUGCCUCCUUUAAAGACAAUUCCCACAAAAUUUCGUGAAUUUUCCAAUCGGUUCAAAAAGAAUAAGAAUAAAAAUUUGAACAUACCAGUUAAGAAGUAUUCCACUGGAAAUAUUAAUCGAACAACUAAUAAACAAGUUAGAUAUUUAGUUGUUGAUAAUGAACUAAAAGAAAUUUACGAUGUUGCAUCAGAUACGCUGAUAGCCUUAAAAAUUACUGAAUCGCUGGAUUCUAUGAGUAUUUUUGACGAUCUUCCACGUGUGAUUGAUCUUCAUCUUUGUUAUUGUAGUAAAUUUAUGAAAGUAAAACACGGAGAUGAAAUUAUAGAUGAUGAAGAUGGGGAUAGCAGAAAUAAACUAAAUUGUUGGUCGAGGUGUUUUGGUGGAAUUUGCGAUAUAUUUCGAAGUGUCGAAGAUGAAAACGAAGAUCCAUAACUCUUCUAACAAUGACCAUGAAAAGAAAAGGAAUUAUGGCCAUUUAUGUUAACAAGUGAUUUCUAAUUUAAAACCUUCCAUUCUGUAUUUCUGUAUUUAAAGUAAUUUAAUUAUAUUCCUUUAAUUCAAACCAA